UAAUGUAAAUCAAGCCACUUUGACAAAUCCUCCGCCAACGGAGCCACUAAUGUCUAAGCGACAGAAACUUCUAGGUAGCUCUAUAAGUUUUCUUUCUUCUGGCGGUGUUAUGCACACUUUUAUUUUCCGACGUGACCGGGUGACACAGCUAGUUUAGGCCUGUCCGGUUAAUGUUUGGUUGGCCAGUCGGGAGGAAACGUAAAACCAAACUGUCCAAUGCAUACGCUAGCGUCAAACGGAUCCACCAUAAUGGACCUGGACUCGGAGUUGGUGAAAAUUAAAGCGCAUUACUGUGGGCACAUGCUGAUCACACACUUGGCUGCCACCGUAACCUUUGUGGAGUUGUGUGAGGAGGUGAAAGUGAUGUGCAGUGUUACCAAGCAGCAGCCCAUCACACUCAAGUGGAUCGAUGAUGAAGGGGACCCUUGUACCAUCUCGUCUCAGAUGGAGCUAGAGGAAGCAUUUCGUAUUUAUAAUCAAACCAAGAAGUCUGAACUGCUGCUGCAUAUUUUCCCCAGUGUACCGGAACAGCCUGGAAUGCCCUGCCCCGGAGAGGACAAAUCGAUCUAUCGCCGCGGGGCCAGAAGAUGGAGGAAACUCUACCGAGUCAACGGACACCUCUUCCAGGCCAAACACUUUAACAGGAAAGCCUACUGUGGCCACUGUAGUGAAAGGAUAUGGGGGCUGGGCAGGCAGGGCUACAAGUGUAUCAACUGCAAACUGUUGGUCCAUAAGCGCUGUCACAGACUCAUCUUGCAGACCUGCCAAAGGCUUAUGGAUCCAGUCAUGCCAUCACAAGAGCCACCUUCAGAUGCCAAGAGUGAAGAGGUGGACCUUCCACCAGAUGACACAGAGGACACAGAUGGGCUACCAUUUUUACCGCACAACUGUACAGUGGAUAAAACAGAAGAUGCAGACACAGAGGACAUCCAAGCAGUAGUGGAUGGCAUCGAUGGCAUUAAGCUGUCUCAGGGCCUGGCUCUUGGACUGGGUGACUUUGACCUGAUCCGAGUGAUCGGGCGUGGAAGCUACGCCAAGGUGCUGCUGGUUCGGCUAAAGAAAAACGAGCAGGUUUAUGCCAUGAAGGUGGUGAAGAAGGAGCUGGUCCAUGAUGAUGAGGAUAUUGACUGGGUGCAGACAGAGAAGCAUGUGUUUGAGCAGGCGUCUACCAAUCCGUUCCUAGUAGGCCUCCACUCCUGUUUCCAGACAGAAAGUCGGUUAUUUCUGGUGAUUGAAUAUGUGAAUGGCGGGGACUUGAUGUUUCAUAUGCAACGGCAAAGGAAGCUCCCUGAAGAACAUGCAAGAUUUUAUGCUGCUGAAAUCUGUAUCGCUCUGAACUUUCUGCAUGAGAAGGGCAUCAUCUACCGUGACCUGAAGCUUGACAACGUUCUCUUGGAUCACGAUGGACACAUCAAGAUCACAGACUAUGGCAUGUGCAAGGAGGGGAUCAGACCAGGUGACACCACCAGUACCUUCUGUGGAACACCCAACUACAUUGCCCCUGAGAUCCUCAGAGGAGAGGACUAUGGGUUCAGUGUGGACUGGUGGGCUCUGGGCGUGCUGAUGUUUGAAAUGAUGGCUGGGAGGUCCCCAUUUGACAUUAUCACUGACAAUCCUGACAUGAACACAGAGGAGUACCUCUUUCAAGUUAUUCUUGAGAAGCCCAUUCGCAUCCCAAGGUCUCUGUCGGUGAAAGCUGCCAGCGUGCUCAAGGGCUUUCUAAACAAGGAUCCCAAGGAGCGGCUGGGCUGCCAGGUCCAGACAGGCUUCACAGAUAUCAAGUCACAUACGUUUUUCCGCAGCAUAGAGUGGGACCAGCUGGAGAAGAAAGAAGUGACGCCUCCCUUCAAACCUCAGAUCUCCGAUGAGUACGGCCUCGAAAACUUUGACACACAGUUUACUAAUGAACCAGUGCAGCUAACACCGGAUGAUGAGGACGUCAUCAAGAGAAUAGACCAGUCAGAGUUUGAAGGAUUUGAAUACAUCAACCCCCUGCUGCUAUCCACAGAAGAGUCUGUAUGAAGGAGGGACCGGCUUCCUCCUUCGCCCACCUACUGUCUGUCCAAGCUGCUGUCUCAGCCAACUCUGAAAGGCAAGGAGGGGGAAGAGUAAAGGACAACAGGGAGGACAGCCUAUAGUACAACAAGGAAAAGCAAACAGGAGAAUGGGAAAGUUUCCUCCGUGGAUAAUUCAGAUGGUUUUGUUGCGGUACCAGACUCCUCUUUUAUGGUAUCUAGAGGGGCAAUAAAGAAACUGAACUACAAGGACAUUCCUUGUUGUUACGUUAUCUUCCGCUUUUCUUUUUCUCAUUCAGUUUCAUUCCUUUCCCCCCUCAGAAUGUCCAUUGUCCUGACAAAGCACGACUGGUUUUGUAAUUGGAACAGAGAACUGUUUCAUUUUGUGCCUGCCAUCAUGAACACAACUUACAUCCCAGUUCUGCUGAUGAACCUGAGAUUUAACAUGCACUUUUUUCCUUUUGGUUAAAAUUUUAUUUUCUUGGGUAGGAGUGGGGGAAUGUACAAUAAGAAUGUACAGUGAUAAGAGAAAAAUAAGUUAUUGUGUACUAUAAUGUAGGUAGUGAAUCACAAAUUGACGAUGCCUUUUUAUUGAUGCAAGUGGCACAUCUUCAUCAGUAAUCACAAAGUUUUUUUGUCUUCUAUUGUAAUUUUCAGAGUGGGGGGAGGGGCAAGGGCGAUAGGGAGAUGACUUUUUAUUUAAGAAGUGCCUCAAAGAUCAACUUAAUUAUCAUGUCUCUGAUUGCACUUAUCUCUUGUUGAACCUUUUGUGUCACCCGUCAUGGCUUCAGUAGGUGAAGACAAGCUGAAGCUGCAGCUCUACCAGGGUUGGUCCAGUCUGUUUGUGAAGGAAACCGUAUUUUUAGAGCACAGUUGCCUGCCUCAGUCCUGAUACAACAGAUUUUUUUUAUUAUCUUUAAAGAAUAUUUUAAUAUUUUAAACAGUUGAAAUAAGCAGUGUAGAACUGAUUGUUUAUGACUGGUCUAUAGAGUCACAAGAGCAGCAUCUAAGCAAACAUCAGAAAUUGUUCAAACUGUUGGCAGUAAGAGAUGUAAUGCCUAAGGGUAAAACUUGUGCAUAGAUAUUUAAUAAUUUCACAGUAGUGAAGAGAUUUCCCAAAGCCAGACCCAGUAUAAAGGUGUAGACAGGCCACAGAGCACAUGUUGCCAAUCACAGUCUGGCAGCUUUAGAUAAACAGCAUAUCAGGACUUCAGCUGAAAAACAAAGCAGUUCCCUGGCUCUGUCCUCUGUGGUGUGCGCAGGCUUGCUGGCUGAGCUCGGACUCUUCGAUCCCAGCUGCCACUGUGUGACCAUCUGCAGCCGGUCGGUUGUUCUGCCUUGUGGAAACAUGUCUCUAUUUCCAUUUUGGGCUUUUUGUGUGUUUCCAUCUCUGCACUAAUGCUGGCUUUACAUGCUGCAACUCAGAUUUAACUACUGCUCAGCGUAAUUCCAACUGGCAGAUUGUUUCGUACGGUUAUAAAAGUCCAAGUGAAAUGACAGUAAUCUCUUUUUGCAGUCAGUAAUCAUGUUCAAAUAACAAAGGUCUCCAUCACAAACUCCUUUAGCCAUCAGGGGCACUGAGAUGCAAUGUGAACACAUUUAAACUGUUGUUUACAGGCAAAGGACCGACAGCAUUGUGUUUUAGCAGUGGUGUUGACUGUAGCAUCUGCAUCGAGGAUAUAAAACUUAUCUUGUUAGGGGAUGUAUUCUUCCUUGAUAGAACAUUCAACAGUUUAAUUUCAGUUGGAGUUCAAGUCAGAUUUACACCCUGCUUAGUUUCACGGCAGCCAGGUUUUAUUAUUUUUGCACAGCGCUUCUCUAUUUAUUUUAAUGCUGAUACUGCUCCAGCAAUGUAACUGACUCAUGUAAGAGAUGGCCAACAGAAUUUUACUUGUGACGAGCAUUUGUAAUCAUUUUUAGACUUUUUAAAACUGGAAAACCACUGGUAGAUGAUCGAUCACUAUGACUGUGAAUUACAGUCUUAGUUUUGUCACCUUAUAGAUGUGUUUCCUGCUAUACCGUAUGUGAAGCAACUAAACCCGACCCAAUGGGUUGAUUGGGAGUUAUGUAACUUUUUUCAAAUGUUUUUGAGCGAGUCAGUGGGAGCUCUUGGCCAUCAGUCGGUACGUGACAUGCUCCUGGCUUCCUGUUCCUCUCACACCGAGGCUCAAUGUGUGGCUAGCAAGGUACCCAUUUCCAGAACUUGCAUAUUGUAGUUUUAAGUGGACAUGCUCCACAGUAGGAGUGGGUGACACCUAUCACCAGACCAGGCCUGGAAUUAAAACAGCUUUCACACAUCACCAGAUGUUUGAACUAGCCAGGCCACAGGUCCUGGGAAAAUACCCCCUAUUAAAAUAGUCGUGUGGCAGCAUGACCUAAAAAAUAAUACCUGCCCAUGUCUGUAAGAAGCUAGUGUAGACAGUCUAAAAUGAAUGAGCAAGCAGAUUGUAUGCACUGCUGAAUGUACUGUAUCUUUGCAUGCAGACACUCAGUAUAGUUUAAACUGGACCCAAGCUGAUCAAAAUUUGUUUGAAUGCUGAUCCUCAUUUACUUUGCCCCGUGAUUCUUAAUCUUGGAGUCUGUACCUCUGUCAGAGUGAACUGCCCAAAGACGCACACAGACACACUGGGUGGAAUCAUUUUUUACUUCAUUCGACCACAACAUUUGGCACUGAAACAGUAUGAGCGAUAAUGAAUGAAAAAACAUGUUGAACAUCUGUAGAACAAGCAGUACAAACACUUGCACAAAUGGGACAAUUUUUUCCCCCACGGUCCUUUUUCACUGUGGAAAAGGGCACCUUAAAAGAAACCAUGCAAGAGAACACAGUGACGUCUAGGUGGUGGUGGUGGUGAAUGAAACACUGAUGCAGCAAACUUUGGAGGGUUCUGUUUAGGGCAAUUGAAUUAUGGUGUUGGACUUGGUAUUAGCAGACACCCAGUGUUACAGGACUCAGAUUGGGACCAGGGCUUAAAAAAAAACUUGUUUGGGACAUCCCUAGCUUAAAUAGAACAACAUGCACUGUCUGUGAUCAGACUGCAUCUGUAAUAUGGCUGGCUAAAGAAAUACUUUUUGGGCACAGCCCAAAAUGUAUGCGUAGCAGUAACUAUUGAAAAAUGUCAAAUAUCAAAAGUUGUCAAAUAUGUGAUCAGGAUUUUUAGCCUGUUUUUUUUUUUUAUUAUUUGAUCACAGAUGGUGACAAAUGGGGGGGAAAUUCAGAAUGAGUGGAAAUUUAAAAAAAAAAUGCAGAUUAAUCUUUUUAUUCACAGAAUGUGAAACACUGGUGAAAAUCCCCUUUUGGCUGUUUUGGAAGAAUGACGUUCUGUCCCUCAAACAGAGGAGCCGCUAUGGAGACACUACUGAAAAGCAUGUCAGUCACUUCAUGCUAGAUUUUCCUUUCGUUUGCCACCCAGCUGUAUGUCUUGAUCUAAAUCAGAAAAUGUUUCUAACUAUAGAUGGUUUUAUUUAAGCAUUUCCCUUACAGUGUUUAGUUGUUUAUUACUGAUGCACUGAGCAGUUUCACUGAAUCAAAAAUGUUUCCUCAAACUAAGCACUGGCAUCAGUAUUGAGCCAUUUGAGUUAAUACACAGUCCUACUCAAGAAUUACAUUUCUGUCACCUGGAACAUUCUGCAGUAGCCCUGUGUAAAGCCAGCCCUGCACACGGUGGUCACCUCUCGAACAUCACUGGUUGAUGCACCGUAAUGAUUCAUCACAGGUUUUCUGAAUCGUAACCUUUAUGUCUCAAAUGCUGGUGUGUGUACAAAAACAAGAAGCCAUUAGAUUAUUUGUGUACAGCUUCUGUUUCAGGUUCAGGUUUAACUUCAUGUACUGCCACCUUUGUACACAGCAUACAGCGUGUGUAACUGAAUUUAGGACCUUGUGCUGUUAAAAGCCUGGGAUCAAACCUGGCACAUCUGUGAAUAUCAAUUGGAAGCACGGAUUAAAGUCACUGACAGAAAGGAGUUGUCGCCUUUGCGAUACAAGCUUUGUCUUGAUCCCUAUGUCUGCACGCUUCCCAGGACACAACAGCUCGGUCGGCUCAGAAUAAUUUGAUGAAUUCUGACCCAUGCUAACUUGAUAACAUAAGAUUAAUUACAUGAUCCUGAGUCAAAGGGUCUGAAUUAGCUGCAGGAAGAAAGAGUGAGAGGAGACAUAAUGAAUCAGUUCCACGGUCACUGGUUAGUUCAACACAAGCAACACACACGGUGCAUUUUAUUAACUUCACGUUUUGUUGAUCUUGUCAAAGGCCAAGUCACACAUUAGUGGCUUCCUUUGAGGGACCAAUGGCUCCAGAGCAGUGACAGCCAUUCAGAAAUAAAACAAAGAAAACCAUCAUCUUAAAAUGAUUGAACCUUGCUCAUCAUUUGUUUUAACACAACGCUGGCUGGACAUACUUAAUUUAGCUUCAAUGCAUCAUUGUAAAUAUGUGUAAUUAUUAAAAAUGAUACUGGU